CCGCCGCCGCCGCCGCGCGCCCUCGGGGCGCCGGGGCAGGGCGCGGGCACCUGGGCGCGCUUCGCCCGCCUGCCCUACCCGGAGGACGAGCUGUUCCUGCACGACACCUUCCCCGACGGCUUCCUGUGGGGCGCGGGCAGCGCCGCGUACCAGAGCGAGGGCGCGUGGCGCCAGGACGGCAAGGGCGCGUCGGUGUGGGACGGCUGGGCGGCCCCCGGCGGCGGCGGCGACGUGGCCAGCGACAGCUACAACAACCAGUUCCGCGACGCCGAGGGGCUGCGGCGCCUGGGGCUGCGGCACUACCGCUUCUCGCUGGCCUGGGCGCGGCUGCUGCCCAACGGGACGGGCGCGCCCAGCGCCGCGGGGCUGGAGCACUACGCGCGGCUGCUGCGCCGCCUGCGGGCGCGGGGCGUGGAGCCCGUGGUCACGCUCUACCACUGGGACCUGCCGCGGGCGCUGCAGCGGGCGCUGGGCGGCUGGGCCAGCCCCGCGCUGCCAGACCUCUUCCGCGCCUACGCCGAGCUCUGCUUCCGCCACUUCGGCGCGCACGUGCGCUACUGGCUCACCAUGGACAACCCCUACGUGGUGGCCUGGCACGGCUACGCCACGGGCCGCCUGCCCCCCGGCGUGCGCGGCGGCGCCGCCAUGGGCUACCGCGCCGCCAGGCACCUGCUGCAGGCACAUGCCAAAGUCUGGCAUCUCUACAAUGAUCGUUUUCGUCCAACUCAAGGAGGUGAGGUGUCUAUUGCCCUUAGCUCUCACUGGAUAAAGCCUCAAUACAUGAGUGAACAAAAUAUUAAAGAAUGUCAAAAAUCCCUUGACUUUGUGCUUGGCUGGUUUGCUAAACCCAUAUUUAUAGAUGGUGACUACCCAGAGAGCAUGAAGAGUAACUUAUCAUCUCUGCUGCCUGAAUUCAGUGAAGCAGAAAAGAAGUAUAUCAAGGGAACAGCUGAUUUUUUUGCUCUUUCUUUUGGAGCUACACUGAGUUUCCAGCUCUUGGACUCUCACAUGAAAUUUCAGCAGAUAGAAUCAUUAAGCCUGCGGCAGCUCCUUUUCUGGAUAAACAGUGAAUAUAACCAUCCAAAAAUUUUCAUUGUGGAGAACAGCUGGUUUGUUUCUGGAAGCACCAAGAGAGAUGAUGCAAAGUAUAUGUAUUAUCUCAAAAAGUUCAUUAUGGAGACAUUAAAAGCCAUCCGGUAUGAUGGAGUUGAUGUCUUUGGAUACACUGUUUGGUCCCUCAUGGAUGGCUUUGAAUGGCACAGAGGAUAUAGCAUUAGACGUGGAUUAUAUUAUGUUGAUUUUGAAAGCCAUGACAAGAAAUUUAUGCCAAAGUCUUCAGCCUUGUUCUACCAAAAGCUAAUAGAAAAAAAUGGCUUCCCACCUUUGCCUGAAAAUCAGCCAAUAGUUGGGAUGUUUCCAUGCAACUUUGCUUGGGGAAUUGUUGACAACUACAUUCAAGUAGACAUAACUCCUUCCCAGUUCCUUGACCCUAAUGUGUAUUUGUGGGAUGUUCACCAAACUAAGAAACUUAUUAAAGUUGAUGGGAUUCUUGCCCCAAAACGCAAGCGUCAUUGUGUUGACUUUGCUGCUAUUAGACUACAGAUCUCUCUGCUGCAGGAAACGCAUGUCACACAUUUCCAUUUUUCACUGAAAUGGUCUUUGAUUCUUCCUUUGGGUAACCUGUCUCUAAUCAACCACACGCUUUUACAUUAUUAUCAGUGCUUUGUUAGUGAACUUCUCCGAGUCAAUAUAACUCCUGUUGUUGCUUUGUGGCAGCCUAUGGCAGAGAACCAAGGGCUUCCUGUUUCAUUAGCAAAAUAUGGAGCCUGGGAGAACCCAGAGACUAUUCAAGCCUUUGUUGAGUAUGCCAGGCUCUGCUUUAAAAAUCUUGGUCACCGUGUCAAAUUUUGGAUCACAAUGAAUGAACCCUAUGUGAGAAACCUGACUUACACUGCAGGGCAUAAUCUGUUGAAAGCCCAUGCUAAGGCCUGGCACCUAUAUGAUAAAGAGUUCAGAAGAUCUCAGAAAGGUAAAAUAUCUAUAGCUCUGCAAGCUGAUUGGGCGGAGCCAGCCUGCCCAUUUUCCAAAAAUGAUCAAGAAGUUGCAGAUAGAGUUUUGGAAUUUGAUAUUGGAUGGCUUGCUGAGCCCAUCUUUGGAAAUGGUGACUACCCCCGUGUGAUGAGAGAGUGGCUUCACCAAAGAAACAGCGUUGAUUUAUAUAAUUUCCAUUUGCCUUAUUUCUCUGAAGAAGAAAAGAAAUUAAUCCAAGGCUCAUAUGAUUUUUUUGCCUUAAGUCAUUAUACGACUAUCCUCGUGGACUGGGAAAAAGAAGAUCCACUGAAAUAUGAUCACUACCUUGAAGUUCAAAUGAUAAAUGACAUCACGUGGCUGAACUCUCCCAGCAGAACUGCUGUGGUGCCCUGGGGAUUGAGGAAAUUGCUCAAGUGGGUUAAAUCUAAGUAUGGUGAUGUCCCAAUUUAUAUUGUAGCCAAUGGAAUUGAUGAUGAUCAGAAUGUGGUUCAUGAUAAGCUGAGAAUAUAUUACAUACAGAAUUAUAUCAAUGAGGUUUUAAAAGCCUACACUCUGGAUAAUGUCAAUGUACAGGGAUAUUUUGUCUAUUCUUUUAACGACAGGACUGCUCCUAAAUAUGGCCUCUAUCGUUACGUUGCAAAUCAGUAUGAAACGAAGCCUUCCAUGAAACAUUACAGAGAAAUAAUUGACAAUAAUGGUUUUCCCAGUCCAGAAACUCCUGAAAGAUGGUGCCCAGAAGAGCUUGCUUUAUGCCCUGAAUGCAGCUUUUUCCGAACCAGAAAAUCUUUAUUAGCCUUUAUCUCCUUUAUAUUUUUUGCUUUCAUUGUUACCAUAUUCUUCAUUAUUUACCACUCCAGGAGAGAUGAAAGAAGGUAUAAAUAAUGCUGCCACUUCAGCUACAGCACUGACUACUAUGUCACUUGCAUUCCUUUGGGAACUCUCAAAUAAUUAUAUAGCAAUGUUGUAAUCACUUCAGCACUAGGGAGCCCUUUGCACUGCCUAAUACUGUGAAACAUUAAAGCUGAAAAUGGAUUGUGAACACGGGAAAUCCUUUCCUGGGUUUUAGUAUUUUUGGUUUGUGACCGAGAUUCUAGUGGUCAAAUUUAUCUCAACUUCAACUGGAGACCUUUCUUUGAGCAGAUUAUUUUUCUUUAUAGGCAAAUGCAUUGCUAACCAAGGCCUAUAUUAGUUGAACCGUGAAGACACUAACCAAUUAAUCCAUUUGAUGUAAAUUGCUUUUUGUGGAGUAAUAGAAAAAUCUAGAUGCCAAGUUCUCAGGAGAAAGCCUGAUGAGAAAGAUAAUAAGCUAUCUUCCUGGUUAGAUUUUACCCAAGUAUCACUUGACUAAAACCAACAUUCAGCUGUAAUAUAGAAGACUAAAUAGAAUUAGACUAAGUAACUAGACAUCACAAAAGGAAAAAAAUAGUUCUGUUGCAAAGCAUAAGUCAGGAAGUAAGGACAUCGGGAUUCUGUUUUUGCUAUGCUAGUGACUUUGAGAGGUUGGCUUCUGGCUUCGCAUUCCUUACCCACAUUGUAUCAGUUGAUGUUGCCUACCUCCCAUGAUGCAGUGUGUACUUUUUUGUUUCUGACCUAAACCAAUCAUUGGAAAAGAGUAGCAAAGUGAAUUGGGGCAUGUUUUGAGGGCAGAAGAGCUGGCCCCUGGCAAGGAAGAAGGGCUCAUGCCUCGGAGAUGGGGAAGGGCUAGGGAGGGAUCUUGUUCUAUUUCAGCUGGUGGACAAAGAGCAGGAACACCAUGGAGCUAUAAUGUGCUUCCCAAUGGCAGAUAGAAAAGCUGAAUAGAUUUCUUCUGCCCCUGGUAUCAGAAAACCAUAUACCUGACAAUGGGGGCAGGGCUAUUACAGCUUUUAGUAUCCAGAAACUUUCACUCCUACUUGUUGUCUUCUCCUAACAUUUAAUGAACAAACACAGAAAUUAGCCACUCCCUAGAUUCAAGCAGGUUAGGGAAAUCUGAGUUGAGCUGAGGAAGAUGGCUUUACAUUUAAAUGAGCCUAGACCUGGAGGUUUAAUGCCUUUAUAUUGCAUGUACAUUUCACACCAGUAUUCUGGUAUCCUGAUACCUUGUUUGCCAAGCAUUUAAGUUUUGGACCAUCUAUUUGUGGAGCUUAUGCAUUAAUUCUCUGAGAACUUGACCCAGCUCUUAUGGGAAUCUUUUUGCUGACUGUUACACCGGUGUGGGCAAAAUGGUGGAUCUGGCCAGCAGCCAGACUCCAUUUCCCAGCACCCCUGCCCACAUGGCUGGGGCUGAUUUCCAUGAAGACCCCAGCAGCUGUUGUACUGUGAUAGUGCAAGGCUGGGGUUUCCAUGGAGACCAGUCCCAGCAGCACUGGCAUUGUGGGGAGCUGCUGAGAUCUUGCAGUGGUGACAGAAUAGUCUGGAAGCAGGGCAGAGCUGUGAUCUGCAGCCUGCAUGCUCCAGGGAGGUGUGUGCAGGCUGCAGAUCGCUGCUCUGCCCUGGCUCCUUGCAGCGGUGUCAGUGUGGUCCAAAGCUGGGACAAAGCCACGAUCCACUGCCUGCACACCCCUGCAGGCUGCAGAUCGUGGCUUUGCCCUGGCUCUGGACCAUGCUGUCACCACCACAAGAUCCCAGUGGCUCUGGAGCAGCUCCUUGCCCCACUGUGUACCCUGCCAGCACUGCUGGGGCUGGUCUCCAUGAAAACCCCAGUCUUGUGCUAUCACAGUACAGCUGCUGCUGGGGUGUUCAUGGAAGCCAGCCCCAGCCAUGAGGACAGGGGCUGCUGGGAAGUGGGAGUCUGGCUGCUGGCCAGAUAUGCCAUUUUGCCCACCCCGGUGUUACAGUCAGUGGAAGUAUUCCAAUAAGAGUUGGGUCAAGUUCUCAGAGUUAAUGUGUAAGCAUUUAUGGAAAUGGAGUCCACUGCUGGCUGGAUCCAGUCUGCGGGCCAGACUUUGUCUGCCCCUGCUGUAACAGGAGUUAUGUCAGGCUGGAAUAGCACUCAGACCUGAAAGUGUCAUUGAAAGUCUGAGCUGAGUUGCUCUGUCAGCAGAAUAAAUUAGCCAAGUAGUACCAAUGUUAUUUUUUCAUCAGCAGAACCAUAGAAAUCAAGAGAUGCAAAAUGACUGUGGUCCUUUUCCAAUCAUACCCAUUAAUCAAUGCAGGAGCCUGCAGUCUGCAUAAAAUGAUGCAGUGACUUCUUUCUCUCUGCUGGCAGUCUUCAACUGUAUUUAUACUUGUGUUUUCAUGUUGUCACAUGUCCACCACUAAAGAUGAGUUUUAAUCUAUUACACUCUGUGUUAGUUACCAAGUUGUGUAUCCAGCAGGGUCUAAAGUUGCUGUAUUGAAUGUGAAUGUUUAUUUACUGUAAAUUGAAAUUUAUAUGUGAAAUAGGUGACUUUUGUUUGGUUAGAAGAUUUAGUAUCCUAGCACAAAGAUUAAUAUAUUUGUCCUUUAGUUCCAGAUGUAUAAUAGCCUGAUUUGCACUAAUAUAUAUUUUGCUAUCAGGAUUAAUGUGACAAAUUCUGGGUAAAUGAUAAAAUAGAGGAAAUGUAUAUUAGCCUGCUAGGAUUUGUUGAGGAAAAUAUAUUUGAAAAUGUUGUGGUGUUUCUACAUUUACCCACUGCCAUAUGGUACUGUAUGGACUGCAAAGAGACAGUUCUCCCUGAAUAUAUGGAGUGCUAAAUUGGUUUCUCUGUGUCAUUGCAAUGAAUCACUUUCUAGUUAUGAUUUUGAUAAAGAGCCUACUGCACAGUGUCAAGUGGAAUCUCAAUAGAUAGUGAAGAAAAUAUAAUAUUUAUUUAAUACAUACACUGGCUAGAUACUACCUAUAUGCUGUUUUUUCUUUAUAUAACUAUGACAAUGCUAGAAUAAUAAAACAGCAGAACUGAUUUUAGAAUAGUGUACAUAGAAUCAAAAUAUUUAAAACUCAUAAAAAAUCUAGUGCAAUUCUUACCAGUUUCAUUGAGUGUCUUGUAAGCACUUGUGCUGAGCGCCUCUGAAAAUCAUCCUUGUUAUGCUUAAUCCAAAACAGUCUCAUUACCAUGUUACAAUUUUUUCCUGACUGGAAAGUCAUUUCAAAUGUGUGUGCAACAUGCUGACAUUUUACUAUGAGGGAAUAAUAGGCAAGUCACUAACAUAUUGCAGUUUAUAGUGGAACCACAGUGGGGGGCCAAGAGCAAAAAAGCAUGCCUGUGGUCAGAUGGAAGGGAACAUACUGCAGGCUUUUCCAGUACUUAGAAGAGACAAUUUUGUCAUCACUGAAUGGAAAAGAAUUAGGAUUUUUUUCCUAUGGUUCUUACUGGCUAUAUAAUUUGCAAGUAAAUGGGGCUUUAUUAUAAGGAAGCCAGAGAAACAUUAUCACAUACAAAAAAGGUUUUGUGACUUGUGGAUAUAAUAUAGCCCUUUGUGUGUUUUCUUUCACAACAGCUAUUAAGUAUCAUUGCAGAACACUGAUCUCUUGGUUUUAGAUAUAAUAAUAUGCAGAAGAAUUUUCAUCUACCCUACCUAUAGAAGUACCUGUGCUGGCUGAUUUAUAAUGAAACAAAGGGGUUUUUUUAGACUUUUGAGCCAAAUGUAACAUCUGCUCACCAUAAUUACCCUUGGCACUUUCCAAGUGCCCUAACUUAUUAAAGCACUGGACAAAUCUUAGUGAAUUAAUUGUACAUCUCUAUCACAGAGGUGUGGUCUAGGCAAACUAUGGGCUGAUUUGAAUCAGCUGUCCUCCAGACUUGGGAAUCUACUUGUUUUUAUGUAAGUUAGGUACAGUUGCCAGGCUCAGACUAAUUGAUUCUGCUUCUCAGGAAGAAAGGGGGCUAGAUAACUUUUUUCUCUUUCAGUUAUUUAUUUGUAAAUGGUAAUCUAGCAUUUUUCUAUGAAAAGUUAAUCCAAAGGAGCCUGGCCUCUGGCUGAACACCAUGCAGAUUUCUGUCCAUCAAAAUAUGGUAAUAUUACCUGGGACUUAAUAUGUAUUUUAUGAAAAAUCACAAGAAUAUGCAUGUAAAACUGCUGCUGCCAAUAUGCCAUAGGAAGUGUAUAUUUUUGUUUUGAUUUUAAUUGUGCUAAUAAAAUGUGCGUUACUGAUUUGUUUUCUGAAAGCUACAUAUCUAAUAAUUGUAUUGUAAAAUAUUAAAUUAUAUUUUUAUCCAAAAUAUUUUGUGAUACAGGUGGAAAUCUUCUGUUUCAUUUCCUGAUACAAGCAGUACAGAAUGAAAGCUAGAAAGUCUUUGCAAAUGAAUGUUGUAUUUAUGUUAUAAGGACCUCACUUAGAAAUGAAAUAAAAAUACUGUACAGUCCAAAAUGGAAACUUUAA